AUGUCCAGGUCACCCUCGCCCUCCUGCUCAACCUCGCCCCUCUCCCCCACAACCACCAUAUCCGUCGACGAGCUCCUAACAGACCUCGGUGACCCCAAGAACAAGUACACGCCCGCCAUUCCGAUCAACUUGGAACAUGAGGCAUUCCCAUUGCCCCCAGAGAUGAUUGUCGACUGGCACCCAGAGAGAGCUGCAACCUUUGUCACGCUCGAGUGGGCAGACGCAGAGUUACUUGGCUACCCGCGUGAAGUGUUCAGCUCGCAAGAGGUGCGCGAAGCAGAGACCAACAUCGAGUUUUCCGAUAUCAUUGACCGCCUCGGUGGACAACAAGACGCGGAGCCUCACGUCAGCGCCGACAUGCCUGAAGAAGCACACUUCCCCUUACUCGAACACCUUCUCUCGCCACCCCACACUCCACGGCCCUUCCCCUCCCACAUCCCAGAUUUCCCAACGCCACCCCCAGAUGACGACGAGUCUGUCAAGUCGGAAACAUGGCACACUUUCUGCAAGGCCAAGUCGUGGGUCGCAGAUGAUGUGGAUGCCACGCCCCCAGCCCCGUCCCCACUCGAGCUGUGCGACGACGUGCCAGUUCUGCCCAAGGAAGAAGUGGUUGAGGGGCAUGACAUCCGCGACGAGCGUGAGGUGUCGGGUGAACUGGAGCCUGCUCCGACGAUGGCCGCUCAGGCUCAGGCUCACUCGAGCAACUCGGGGCCAUGUACCCUUCCUCGCCCCCGGCACACGACGACGCAGAGAGUGAAAUGGGCGACCAUUCACCAAACCCCCGUCACCGCUGUCAAGGGCAUGGACUUGGUCCCCCGAUUGUGA